AUGGACGUCUCUUCUCAGAUCAUAUCCGCUCUACAAGCAUCAUCAUUCCCGCCUCCUUCACAAAAUCUUCUCUCCUCCCUCUCCCCGUCCAUUCCUCUACCCUCACUUCUCGCAACCGCCAAGUCUCGAAUACUCUCCUCUGACCUCACAUCGUCUCCCCUCAUCAACCCUUCUCUGCCGACCCUUCCAGCUGGCAUCGAUAGUCCGGCGGCAAAGGAAGUCGUCCUCGGCGGAGACAUCCACGUCCAGGUCGUGGACAUUGAGAAUCUCAGCAUCAGCCGCUGGGAGCAAGUCGAGGAGCUAGAGGCCAUUGAUCGUGGCGAGCGGACCCGAGGAAGGGAGGUCAUCCAAGUCACGGGCGAGGAGAACGACAAUGUGAGCACACAGUCGCAGCCUGCGACGCAAGCGCAGCCGACCCAGGCAGGGAAGAAUGCAACACACAGACUCACACUGCAAGAUCGCGCGGGGAACAAAGUGUACGCCAUUGAGUUGAGGCGCAUAGACAAGAUUGGCAUUGGCAAAACCAUGAUGGGGGAAAAGAUCCUUCUCAAAAGGGGUACGGUGGUGGCGCGAGGGACCGUCCUGCUCACGGCUGACAAGUGUGUGUUUCUGGGCGGAAAGAUUGACGCCUGGCAAAGAACGUGGGUUGAGGGACGGCUGGCAAGAUUAAAGGCCGAAGUCGGUCAGGACAGGCCGGCACAGUAA